AACGGUAUCAACAGCGGAGGACAAGAGGAAGAAAAGGGUGUUGAGGAUUGCUACGUUGGAGAGGCCAGGGGAUGACCUGCACCUGUGGGACCAUGGGUCUGGACAGUUGGAUCCCAUCUCCUCCCGAUAUCUCUGCGAUGAAUUUGGCCCGGAUUCAUGACAAACACAAGCUAAAGAAGUUCUGGGAGCAGAAGAUAGAGAGACACAGUCAGAUGAUGGGGAAUGAAGAAUACAGAAUGAAGAGGAGCGCUCUAUCAAAGUUACGGGAGGAGUGGCUGCAGAGGCUGCAGAGUCGGAACCAGCACGUGAACGAGAUCAUGAGAGAGGAGAAGAUUAGAAAGGCCCAGAGAGUCCAGGAGUUCUUAGGGCUUCAGAGAGGCAACUGAACUUUAGCACCAGAACCCGAUUCAUACCUGCUUUUCUCUGCUUUUGUGUUUGUGAUUUCAGAUGCUGUGUCUUCAUGUCAUGUGUAAUCUAAGGUGUAUACAGCUUUGAAUGUGUGCUGUGAAAACACCUAAUAGUAACAGUUUUUUUGGCACCCUUGGUAAAAAAGGCUACAAAAACAUCUCAUUGCUGUUUAUCAACCCAAUUUCAACGAAAAAAUAUAAGAAAUGACAAAAAUCUAAUGUGCCAGUAAGGAACUAUAAAUAAACGUAAAACAGGGCCUGUACAA